AUGUUGAAAUCCGUGCAGGGUCUUAAAUACUUCUGGCAUUGCACUGACCAGCCUUCUUUCCAACAACUCUCCUUUAAAGAAAGAGGCUCAGAGGAGGAGGAGAAAUCAUCUGAAGAGAAACGCAAGACUCUGUCUUUACAUUCCAGUGAGAACUGCACUCAGAGGCGAGGACCAGAACUCAAUGUGAACGAGGAGGAGAAUUCCAAGGAAACUGAGCUUAACGCGGGAAACAGCAUUGACAGAUCAGAAUCAGAGUCCAGCUCAGAUGGGAGGAAGUCCAGGAAGAGGAAAAUCAGUUCCAAGGACAGUUGUCAAGAUGGAACAGGGAACUGUCUAGAAGAUGAGCACAGCUUGACUUCAGAAAAGAAACCAAAGGCCUCUGACCCUGUGAACUUCAGGAAAAUUGAGGAGACCUAUGAUGUCCACAGCUGGGAGUUGCAGGGGGCCCACACUGGGCACAGCAAGAAGCCAAGAUUUGGGUCCUUAAGACACCACCCACCACCACUUCGGAAAAGCCUGGUGGCCUUCCUGCGUGCUAUGUGUGAGGCCAUUUAUCAAGACAUAGCUCAGGUACAGGCCCAGCAAAUCCAUUCUCCGUUGACCAAGGAGCAGUUGUCUGAUCUUGCCCAGCUCCGGGGGUCUCUGUGCACUGCAGUGCAGACCUUAUAUGCCAUGGCCACCCAGGCGGCCUAUGUCUUCCCUGCUGAGGGCUGGCUCAUCCCAGCCCCAGAGCAUGGUCCUGGAGAUUCAUCCCUGGAUGGAAAAGCUCCGAGUUUCUCCUAGGAGGGAGAAGAUCCCACCCCUUCUCUGGACAGGAGAUAGUGCAGUCUGUCAGUUUAUCGGAUUAGGCUUGAGCUGAGCACCCUGACCCUGAUCAGCAGAGGACUCAGCUCUGGGAGUGAGAACAAAGACCUGCUAAUGAAGACCUCAUCGGCUUCCUCCAGAUGGUGAGCAGUGAAGAUAUUAGACACAGUGUGUUAAUAAUUGACAGAACUCGGGCGGUCGUAGGAAAGGAAGUUGUACAAUACACUCAGAACGCUGAACUCAGGGUUUCAUUGAGGAUAAAGAUGACAGACGAAUGCCAAAUUUUAUGUUAAACAUUUGACAUCUUUAAAAUAUAACAAUCAUUCAUUUUUUAAUAAUCAGAAUAUUAGCAUAAUAAUUCAUGUGUUUGAAUAUUUUAAAGUGUAGCAAAAUAAGUAUAUAUUUAUAUCCUCUGUGAAUUCAGAAAAGGCUGUGGCUCUUCACUGUCCCCCCUUGGUCCGUGAAGGAUUGGUG